UUGUCCCACGAUACCAAAAGAACUUCAUUCUGUUGUCCUCAUUCAGUUAAGAAACUAUUAACUAUUUUACUGAAUUUCAGGCCACGUGGUUGAAUUUUCUGGUGUUGGUUUGAUAGACUAUUUAGAGAGAUUCAGAGUGCUAUCUUCAUAUUUCAAGGCUAGAUUAUUAUCACCAUGAGUGAACAAGGGAAUAGUACCAAGAAGAAAACUCUUUAUAAUUGUAACUGUUGUGUUUACAAUUGCUCUUCAAGAAAAGGAAAAAGCAGGGCAAUUCAUUUCCAUAAAUUUCCGAAGGAAGAUGCCUCAACAGUUCACAUCACUAAUAGCUUGGGCAUGUUGGAGAAAGUUGAUAGAAGAAAAGAGUGGAUAAAAAGAUUAUUGAUGGGGAAACCUGUUACCAACAACAUGCGUGUUUGUUCCCUUCAUUUCCAGGAUAGCGAUUAUAUUGCUACAGGUUCGGUACUUCAGCACAUGAAAGCCCCUAAACUGAAAGUAACUGCUGUUCCCUCUCGAAAUUUACCAGAGAGAAAAUUUUCAAAGGCAUUGAAUAGGGCCAGCAUUGAAAGACGCAAACAGAGAUUAGAAAAACGAAGUGCUAUAUCGAAGAAAAAUCCGAAAAACUCGACUUCCACAAUAGAUUUCCCGAAACGAUUACUCACUUUCCUCCAUAUUUGUUGA